AUGGAUGGACAGUUAAAGAGACAAGAAGGUUCUUCAAAGAAGAGGUAUGUGUUGUGGACGGAUGAAGAGACACUGGCAAUUUCAGGGAAUGAACAAAGGUCUGUUGCAAUAUGGAAAAGGAUAGCAGCCUACUACUCGACUAGUCCUAAGAUUGCCGAGUGUGACAUAAGAGAGGCAUCACACUGUAAGCAAAGAUGGCACAAGAUCAACGACUUAGUUUCCAAGUUUUGUGGAGCGUUUGAAGCAGCAACCCGUGAGAAAACCAGUGGGCAAAACGAGACUGAUGUUCUCAAACAUGCCCACAAAAUCUUUUUCAACAACCACAAAAAGAAGUUCACACCAGAACAUGCUUGGAAAGUGCUUAGAAAUGAUCAGAAGUGGUGUGGUGUUUCUUCGGCUUGCUCUCAAGGAGGUUCGAAAAGGAAGAAGUUUGAGGACGCUGAUGAAGGAACCACUCGUCCCACGGGUGUUAAGGCAGCAAAAGCCCGUGGGAAGAAACCGAUGGUUGAGGGGAAAGAGGUGGCUGAGUUUGUGGAAAAUCAAGCAAGAGGAUUUGGUUAUAAAGGAAAAGCUAUCGAAGAUGAAGCUUCUGGACAGUCUCAUUGCAAAACAAGAACCUCUUGCUGA